UUAAAAAAAUCCCAAAAAUUUGAGCCCUUCUUUUCUCUCUCUCAUCAUCUCCUGUCUCCUUGCUCUGUUCUACCGCCGUCGCCGCCGUUCUCUCCUCCGCCAGAUUCACUUCUCUCCUCCAUCGCGGGACUCAUUAUUACCUCCUCCGGUUGUAAGUUUGGUUUAAAGUUUCCGGGCACUCAGCUCAAUCAAUGCUCAUUGACCUGGUAACGUUUUGGCGCAGAGUUGAGAAGCUUGCCAGUGUAAUAAUAAUAAUAUUAUCUCAAGGAGCUUAAUAGCUGAAGAUUAGGUCUUCAAAUCAAUGUCGGAAAGUGAUAUGGCCAUCAUUAAACCAGAGAUGAUGAAAUCAUAUAUAUGGCUUGAAACAUCUGAUGGAUCAAUCCAACAAGUAGAACAAGAGGUUGCAAUGUUCUGUCCCCUGAUAUGUCACCAAGCGCUACAGAAGGGUGGUGGAUCUUCCAAGAACAAUGCAAUAUCUCUUCCACAGAAAGUCAAUCCUGCCAUGUUAAGCUUGAUUUUUGAUUACUGCAGAUUCCAUCAACUACCUGGACGUUCUAAUAAGGAGCGUAAAGUUUAUGAUGAGAAAUUCAUGAGGAUGGAUACAAAGCGGCUAUGUGAGUUGACCUCGGCCGCUGACAGUUUACAGUUGAAGCCUUUGGUUGAUCUUACUAGCCGUGCGCUUGCACGGAUUAUUGAGGGGAAGACCCCCGAGGAGAUACGUGAAAUAUUUCAUUUACCUGAUGAUCUUACUGAGGAGGAGAAGUUAGAGCCUCUGAAGAACACGAUGGAUGAUCCACGUAUACGACUUUUGAAUAGGUUGUAUGCUAAGAAAAGAAAGGAGUUGAAAGAAAGAGCAAAACUUAAGAGUAUAGAGGUUGAAGAGCGUGUGGACGAGCGUUCUGUGGAUGACCUUUUAUCGUUUAUUAAUGGCAGAGAUCACAAGGUGGUAAAUACUUCCAAGAGCAAAAAGAAGAACAAGAAAAGGAAGGAGCAUAAAAAUGGAACAUGCAAAGUUUCCAACAAGGAUUCACAUAAUUUGCAUUCUAAGCAACGAAGUGUUGAUGAGACUUCGUCCAGCUUGGGAGGAGUAUCUAACUUGCAUAAUAUUGAAGAUGAUAUAUUUUCAAAGAAGGCUGAGUUUGAAGAUGGUUAUAUAGAUGAUGAAAUUGAUCCAGCUUUGAAAGAAAUGCUUGACAGGGAAGUAGAGGAUUUUGCUCGGAGACUGAACUCAAGUUGGGUUCUAUCGGUAGGACAAGAAAGGCAGCCUGUGCACUUUUCCAUUAACGGCAAUGGGGACACAAGACGAUUGACAGGUACGCACACUCUCUUGGAUAUAGCUAUAGAUGACUGAUGGAAGAUUGUUUGGUUUAACUCCGUUUUGAACAUUGAAGGUCCAGCUGCAAGACACAAAUGAAGCUGAUGUUGACGCUAGCCUAAUGGCUGGAACAGUUUUGGUGGAUCUCCACAUUUAGAUUUGUAAGCAAUUAGAGAGAGUGGUGUUGCGUUUCUCCUGUAAUGUUUUUUUCCCACAGUAUGUUUUCUUUUUGUUUCUUCUUGGUUAAUCCUAUAGAGUUUAGGAUGCAGUUUUGCUUUUCUUUUUUGAUCAACCUUUGUAUACCACUUUUAAUUCAGAACGGCUGAGAGAAUCAACUAGUUAGUUACAUUUGCUGUACUUUCUUAAAACUAAAGAAUAAUAAUUUGAAGUUUCUUUAAGUCAUCACAAGCCUCUUACAAGCUGAGAAAAGAAAGUAAGUCAAAGCAGCUUAACCUCACAGGAACGGGUUUUACAAAUAUUUACAGAUGUGAUAAAAGAUCUUUGCAGCUUUUAUGUUCUUUUUCUUCUUCCUUUGUAGCUUUUUCAGGUGAUGGAUGGUGGGGUUACUCACACAGCUUGUGGUUCUGGAUGGCACGCUUAUGCCAGAGUUUGGUGGAGUGGAUCAGGAUGCUUAUCAUGCCUAGUCCCAUCCCCGUGCACUGGUGGAUCAGAGCAAUAAUAAGGAAACAAAAAAAAAGAAAGAAAGGAUUAUCUCUUUAUUCAGGAUAUCAUUAGUGCUUACAGGUAAAGAGGGAGGAGGAGAUGAGUGGUUUGAUUUGUCUUCAGUUACACUUGGUGAAGCCUCAGAUCCUCCAGAGUAUGACAAGGUACCAACAGACCGAGAAGAGCUGGUUCUUGAUGUUCCUUCCUCCUCCUCCACCCCGCUUUUCACCUUUGAACUUCCACUCAGCAUAUCUGAAUUGGAGCUGCUUCGCGAGGACACAAGCCGCUGAAAGUCGGAUAAUAGAGCUGAGAGAGCUCUCACUUCAUCCAUUCUACCUUUCCUACAUUUAUUGUACACAUACAUGUGUCAGUAACAAAGCAUCUACCAAUGUUUCUAUAUAUAUAGCUAUUGAAAAAGAUAACAACCUUGUGUGGAUGAGAUGUCCUUUGCAGAUAAACCGAAUGCAACAAGUAGGAGAUGCGUGUUGGCAUACAAAGAUGGCUUUCCUCGACCUCAGUUCCUCCAUUUUCCUGCAAGUUGAUCACACACAAAUGUCAGAUUCAAAAAUGAAAAAUGAAUAAAAAAAGAAACAGGUGAAGCCUAAGACACAAUACGUUGAAUAGUGUUUGUCCGCAGUUGCUCCCAUUAUCAACUUCCUGACUUUAUUCUCAUGUAUCAUCUUCACAAUCCCCUUCUCUAUGGAGUCCAUCUCAACGCACAGCUUCUCUGCAUGGACCUGCAUAAACAAAUCUCCUUAGAAAUGACACAUACUUCAUAUCUCAUGAGUAUGUGUAUUAGCUUGCAUUCGGUUCUCUGUUCGGUUCUUUCUGUUCUAGAGGGUUCCGAUAUUUAGAAAAUUUAGUUUGGUUAAUUCGGUUUUUGGUUCGGUUUAGGUAACAAAGUUGAGAACCGGCUAAUAUUCAAGGUAAUUUCGGAUCCCAUUCGGUUUACUGAGGCAAAUUCUGAGGUACUCAUCAACACAUACCCCUUUCUUCAGGCAAAUUCUAAGCAUCAAAUCUGGUACCCACUGUGGAAUAAGU